CCCUGCCUGCCUGCCUGCCUGCGACAGCACAGCAGUGGUGUGGUCGCUCUGAACGCACGUUAACGGCGUACCUAGUGAAAGCCUCGGCCUCUCGGGAAACCCUGCUCCACUCACAGCGACGACGGAUAUAAACACACACAUAUAUUUUUGUAAACUUGGUUCCUGUGUGUAUUUGAUAGCGUUGUAAAAAAACAACAACAACAACAACAAAAAAAAAAAACCAACAAAAAGCCAGUGCUCAUAAUGGCGACAGCUGCGGUGUCUGCCCCUGCUGGCUGCGGCCCCAGCCCCGGGUCGGGAACGGAGCUGGUCCGCGGGCAGGCCUUCGAUGUCGGGCCUCGGUACAGCAACCUCUCCUACAUCGGGGAAGGAGCCUAUGGGAUGGUGUGCUCUGCCUACGACCGGGACAACAAGAUACGUGUGGCCAUUAAGAAGAUCAGCCCCUUUGAGCACCAGACGUACUGCCAACGCACCCUGAGAGAGAUCAAAAUCCUUCUGCGCUUCAAACAUGAGAACAUCAUCGGAAUCAAUGACAUCAUCCGCACACCAACCAUUGACCAGAUGAAGGAUGUAUAUAUUGUCCAGGAUCUCAUGGAGACAGACUUGUACAAGCUCCUGAAGACUCAACACCUGAGCAACGACCACAUCUGCUACUUCCUCUACCAGAUCCUGCGAGGGCUCAAGUACAUCCACUCUGCCAACGUCCUGCACCGCGACCUGAAGCCCUCCAACCUUCUGCUCAACACCACCUGUGAUCUCAAGAUUUGUGAUUUUGGUUUGGCUCGUGUGGCUGAUCCUGACCACGAUCACACUGGUUUCCUAACGGAGUACGUAGCCACUCGUUGGUACCGAGCACCUGAGAUCAUGCUCAACUCCAAGGGCUAUACCAAGUCCAUAGACAUCUGGUCAGUGGGUUGCAUCCUGGCUGAGAUGUUGUCCAACAGGCCAAUCUUUCCUGGGAAGCACUACUUGGAUCAGCUUAACCACAUUUUGGGGAUCCUGGGUUCUCCCUCUCAGGAGGAUCUCAACUGCAUCAUCAACAUUAAGGCCAGGAACUAUCUUUUGUCGCUGCCUUUGCGCUGCAAGGUGCCGUGGAACCGCCUCUUCCCCAACGCUGAUCCCAAAGCUCUGGACCUGUUGGACAAGAUGUUGACCUUUAACCCUCACAAGAGGAUCGAGGUGGAGGAGGCCCUGGCGCACCCCUACCUGGAACAAUAUUACGACCCCACAGAUGAGCCUGUUGCUGAGGCCCCGUUCAAGUUUGACAUGGAGCUGGAUGACCUACCCAAAGAGACACUGAAGGAGCUCAUCUUUCAAGAAACUGCACGUUUCCAGCCCGGCUUUAGGUCCUAACAUCUCAGACAGAUGAUUCUGUGGAAUGGCUUCUGCGUUGCCACUGCUCCUCCCCGACUCCACACUGUUGCUGUGAUGUUGGUUGUUUUUUUGUUUUUUUGUAUUUGUUUAUUUUCCUCUCCUGUUGUCCACAUUACCUGGAUUCCUUGGGUCUCACUCGUCAAGUCCACUUUGCUCAGGAAUGGCGUCAGGAAUCAAUCAAUCAAUCAUUCUCUCUCUCUUUCUGUUUGUCUCUCUCUUUCUUCACAUCACACCUUACAGUUUGGGGGAUGAUUUUGUGUUUUAAGCCAAGAUAAACAACUUUUUUUGUGUCUUUCAAAGGCGUUUGGCUCUCUUCAAGACCUUGUAUGUCCAGUUGAAUGAUAGAGUAGCUGUUGUGUUUGUCGUUGCAGCGGUGGUGGUUAAAACUCUGCCUACGUUGCACAAACAGUAGAUUGUUUAUAAGAAUCAUCCAUCAUUAAAAAGGUCUUUUGAAUUUUCCUUUGUUGCACUGUUACAAGGGAUUCCUUGAUCUUUUUUUUUUCUUUUCUCUUUAGAGGAAAGAAAAACCCAAAUUAACCAUCUGAUUUAUGCAAUGAAAUCACAAAAUCAGCCUGAGACUUUACAGGCCACAAGCCAUCAGUGGGUGGUGUUGAGGAUAUAUAUUUUAACAGACCUUGUAUUUUAAUUCUUAAAACACACACAUUUUUAUAUAUAUAAAUUAAUAAUAAAAAUUCCCCCGUUGUAAUUUGUCAUUGGCUUCAGUAAGAUAUCACUUUGUGUGUAAAUACACCUAAUUAUAGGUGGAUGGAAGGUUGUCACCAUCAAUUUCUGCCUUAGCCAUGAUCUACUAAAGGAAAGGUCUGUUCGUUUCAUACAGGUCUGUAUGUACAGUAUGACAUUUUUCAUAUGAGGGAAUUUUAAUGCAUCAGGACAAGAAUUCAGUUUUCACACAUAACUUGUUUUAUCUGGAGGAAACCUUGUUGCGCCUCACUUUUCGUCCCGAUUCGUGUUUUCCUUUUUCUUCUUCUUCGUCAGUCUCUGUUAAUCUCUCUCUCUCGCCUUGUUAGAAUAAUACUGUGCCCUUUGCAUGACUGUUAUAAGCUCUGUAUACAAAGACAACGAUGUUAAGUGCCACACAAGCCAGGCAGAUCCGCCAGGAGAGUGCCCAGGCUCGUUUUGUUCUACUUUUUUGUGGUAUAUCACACCUCCCAAUCACAUGGUGCUUUUUGUUCAGUUUCUUUCUUUUGCUUCAGCAGUCUCUUUGUCUGUUUUUAUCUCAUCUCCAUUGUUGUUUAGGUCUAUAGGUUUCUGUCUCCUCCGUUUUUAGCCAGACUCCAUCUGCAUGCUAAGACAUCUUGUUGUGUUUGCAAAUAGGAGAAUAACCAUAUAAACUGUAUGUUACAAAAACCACAAAACAUGUUGUUUUCUGAACCUGAGAAAUGGGAUCCAGGUGUGAUACAAUUGAAAUAAUACUCGUAACAGAUCAUGUUAUCCUUCGGAACAUUUUUGUUUUGCUUUAAAUUGCACAUUUUCACGCUGAAAACAGUCGACAUGUCAGCACCAGCAGACAACUGCAGUAGAACUAAAAUGUUUUUUUUAAAAAGUACAGAACUGCAGCAGAAGUCGAAACCAUACUUCUUGUCAGUAACCGCUGAUUAAAGACUGUUGAAUCUGAAGGUUUUAUUUUAAGCGAAAGGAAUUAUGACUUUAAAGAUUAUAUAUGUGGAAACUCUGGGGGACAAACUGAACAAGCCAGAAGCGCUAAGGCUUCAUCAACCACCCGUGUCAUUUAAUGUCAGUAUCACUGCAGCGUCUAUCAUUUCAGUUUGUUUACAAGUGGGCCUCAAAUGUAUUCAGUGUCAGUGUACACGUAGCCUUCGGUUAGGUUACAGUACUGCAGCUUCAAAAGAAACGCUCAUGUGGCAACGUGUGAGUGACCUAAUGAAUGAAAUAAUGUAGUAUUAUUUACGACACUAAAGCAUCGCAAAGUAGAUUUAAAGUCAAAAUCUACCUGAAUGGAUUCUUCAAGAAUCUUGCUGUGCUGGCACUUAAACUAUGAAAUUAGAGAAUAAAAUCUAAAAUGAGACAAUUUCAGACCUUUUGAGCAGGUUUGGCUGAUUUUUCAUUCUUUCCUAUGACGACGACGACGAUGUGUAUAUGGGCCGUGACAAAAGUAUUGGGUGAUCUGUAAACUCGUGAUUUUUAUAUUUCUGUCAGAAAAUUAGUGAAGCUAAACUCAUCUUUUGAUUCUUAUGCUACAUUUGCAUACAUGUCAAAAAGCAAUUCUCGGUUGUACAAGCAUCCCUCUGAGGGCAGAACCAAAGAACCACAGUUUAACUUUGUGUUUCACUUUUGCUCUGGCUGAAUAACUGAAACUGAGUGGGGGAAGUAGAGGCUAAGAGAGGAAUGCUCUACUCAAAUGCAUUAAAGCCAUAAACGCUCAGUCUGUUGCACCUCUGACCACACCCAACAGUGAUGUCACGGUCGCACCCUGAAGUACACUUACAGCCUGAUUAGAAGUUAAACCACAGGAGGUCAGCAAAAACAAGAUGUUCAGAUGACAUUAAAUUGCUCUUUAAAAGGAAUCUGCAAUUGUCUAAGUAAGCUAGCUAGCGUGCUGAGCUAAGAGAAAUAUGUGUUUGUGAUUUAUUGAAAAGAAAAGAACCUCUAACGCCUUAUUUUACAGGUCUGUAAAUUCUAAACAUUCCUAAGAUGUUUUCUGGAAAGAUGUAAUUUGGUCCUAAUUCUAGGUCAAUUAGAGACUGUUUAAUAGAGCUACAACGAAUGAUAGUUUUCAUCAUUGUUUAAUCAUUCGAUUAUUUUGAUGAUUAAUUGUUUGUUUUUAAAAAAAAAAAGUUCCUGGAUCUUUCAGGUAACCUUUUUUCCCACCAACAGUCAAAAACCCAGAGAUAUUAAGUUAACAAUGAAAAGUGAGAAAACAUGUUCUGAGAGGCCGUAAUCAAAUGUUUAGUAUUUUACUUUGAUAAAUAGUUCAGCAGAGUACUUGACUAUUUAUUUUUUGUCGAUCAGCUAAUUGAUUAACCACCUAAUCAUUUUAUCCGUAGUGCGUAUUGGUCCACUUCCAAAUUAAUUCAUUCCACUUCCAAUUGCUAAGAAGUGUAACUUAGAGUCUUUUAGGCAGUGCACAGCAGGUCAGAUGAACUGGCACAAUUUUAUCUCAAUACAAUUAAAAAUUACAGCAUGCAUGAAAAAUAAAGUUUACAUUUAUAAAUUCAUGAUGACUAAAGUAUACACUUGAGUUUAAAUGGUGCAGCCCUUUCAAAGAAAAUUCAAAUUUAAUAAACUUUUAACUCAACACUUUCUCUCUGUUUCCCAUAUAAUUACUCAGUUCUUUCCAGGAAACUAUUAAGAUAAAAAAUAGAAAAUAACAGAUCUGUAAACAUAAAAAAAUUGUAUAAAUUUAUAUAUUUAAAAAAAAAAAAAUGUAUUUCUUCCCUCUUUGAUCAAACCGCCCAAAAAAUGGUUUUAUUGGUUCUGUCGACAGAGAUUUAACUCAUUUGAUGACAUUUGGAAAAACGUUAAUGACUGAACUGCCACUGCAGAAAUGAUUCUCAAAUUUCACCUGAGCUGACUUUUAACGUGAGGUAAAGACUCCUCGGUCCCAGUCCUCCUCACACUCGCUGUACACACCCGUCUGUCACACAGUUAUUAAAUGCACUUGCUUCUACAGUAGUUGGGAUGGAAUUUGUAAUCCAAGGUGCCUGCCAGGACUUGACUUACCUGUAGAUAGUCUUUUUUUUUUGGGUGGGGGGGAGGCACUGGAAACCUUACUGGGAUUAGUUGUAUAAAAAAAGCUUCUGCUGAGUUCUUUGUGCAACCUGUCUGUUUGUGCCUUUUUUGAUAGUCUUGAUAUCCAAGAUUUGAUGUGCAGCUUUUGUUUAGUCAGGAAUCCGUUGUAAUCGCAGUAUAUGCUCUUAAAAAUGAACACAAUCAAGUCAAGGGGGUGGGAGAUAUCGUGGGUGGGUAUCCUUAUCUUUCAGUUAUGUACAUUUUAAAGAGAUUUGUUGCCACAGCUGUGAUUUGUGACUGUAUUAAAAAAAAUGAAAAACAAACAUUUAUAUUUUUUGCCUUACCCUUUUUCCUUGAGCCUGUUUUUUUUUUCUUUUUUUUUUUUUUUCUUUUUUGAUGUUUUUGUGCAGAUAUUUUUAUUGUAAAAUGAAUGUUAUGUUUCUAUCAGACACUAAUCUUGUUUGAGUUGUCUCCAGUGGAACUACUUCACUCUGUAUGUUUUGAUCAGUAUAAACCUUUUAAUUGUGUAGUUAACGUUUCUGAAAGAGAAAAAUAAAACCUUGGUUGUGUUUUAAAGGUUGACCUGCCAUAGAAAUUGUUUGAAUUGAUUGGUCAGUUUUAUUUUGCUGUCGUGUGAAGGAUUAGACUUGAACGAAGCUUUUCUUUGCUAUUAUUAAAGACUGACUGCCACUUUGAAUAAUCUGUUUUUAAUAUUUAGUUUUUCUUUUUUGCAACUCUGCCAUGACAUUUAAAUAGACGUUCAUUAAAAACACUGUACCUUCAUUAACAUCUCCAAAGUCUCUUUGUAAGCCAGAGUUCAAGACAAUACGACACAGAUUUCAGAAGCAUUAGAGACGACUUCUUUUACUGCUGUCAGCAUCUGUCAUUACAUACAGAACUGUAAAAUAAAAGUUUCUUGGAGCGACCAAGUAUACAAUUAAAAGUGUGGUUAAAUGAGAAGAGUGAAAAUUCUUAAUAAAAAUGAUGUAUUGAAGUGUG